AUGCCUCGCUCCACAGCGUCCAGCUCUUCCAUUGAAACCUCCUCAGCAUCUGCUGACCAUCGAUCCUCACAGCACUCGCCCAGACGAUCAAGUACCGGCGACGAAAGUGACAGCGACAGCGACAGCAGCGCUUCUUCUGCCACCGGCGGCAUGGAGAAGUUUCCCGACCACAUCGACUCGCACCUCACCAACGGCUCGAGGGGGACAAGCCCCGCGAGAUCCAACGGCUACGCGCUCCCAGGAGCACCCAACGGUGGCGACCGCUGGCAGCCCAGAAAGGAGAGCAUCCAAGGUCGCGCCUCACGGUGGACGGCGCCAGGACAACCGGCGACCCGUUAUGGCCACGGUAGGCAGAAGAGUCUCGGCGACGCCAUCCACAACAUUAGGACUAGGGGUGGAAGUGUCAGUCAGAAUGCUCAUGAGAUCGCCGAUGCGCUGCGGGCCCCCGUCUCUCCCAAGCUGAUUGGGCUCUGCGUGCUGUGGUACACCUCGUCCGCCCUCACGAACACGUCCUCAAAAUCCAUUCUCACUGCGUUCGACAAGCCUGCGACACUCACGCUGAUCCAAUUCGCAUUCGUGGCGACCUACUGUAUCUUGUUCGCAUGGCUGGCCAACGUCUUUCCGAACCUCAAGACGGCGAUACCGGCGCUCAAGCACGGGAUUCGCUACCCUUCGCGCGAUGUCAUUAAGACGACCAUGCCCCUCGCAGCGUUCCAAAUCUUUGGUCACUUGCUGAGCUCGACUGCGACAUCGAAGAUCCCCGUAUCGCUUGUCCACACCAUCAAGGGCCUUUCUCCCUUGUUCACGGUUCUCGCCUACCGAUUGAUCUUCAACAUUCGAUACUCUGUAAACACCUAUUUGUCGCUGGUGCCCCUGACAGCAGGCGUCAUGCUAGCAUGCUCAGGCAAGCACAACCAGUACAGUGGCGAAAUGCUCGGCAUCUUCUACGCCCUGCUCGCCACCAUCAUUUUUGUGACGCAAAACAUCUUCUCGAAGCGCCUAUUCAAUGAGGCUGCCAAGGCAGAGGCCGAGGGCAUGUCAGCCAGGUCUCAAAAGCUCGACAAGCUGAACCUGCUUUGCUACUCUUCCGGCAUGGCGUUCAUUUUGACAGUUCCAAUUUGGUUCUGGAGUGAGGGAACCGGCAUUAUCCGAGACGUCCUUCACGACGGCGCCGUCGAUCUGAACGAGAAGGUCGGCUCUUUCGACCACGGCCGCCUGACCGUUGAGUUCAUCUUUAACGGAACCUUCCACUUCGGACAGAACAUCUUGGCAUUCGUCUUGUUGUCGCUGGUCUCCCCGGUGACUUACUCCGUCGCAAGUCUGAUCAAGCGCGUCUUCGUCAUUGUCAUUGCGAUCAUCUGGUUCCGAAAUCAGACGACUUUCCUCCAGGGCGUCGGUAUCGCCUUGACCUUCGUCGGUCUUUACCUCUACGAUCGCACGCACGACCGUGACAAGGCGGACCGCAAGGCUAAGAUGAUGGAAGUCAAGCCGGAGCCCCUGCUGCCCCUGAACACCAAGGAUGCGCUGAGUAAGAGCCAGAACGCGCCCGUGUUCGAGAGCCCCAUGGUCUCUGCUGGAGCCUUCCAGUCCCUUGCCAAUGGGCACGGCGACGAUGCGAAGAAGUCUGACGGGCCGAGUAACGGCCGUUCCCGCGGCGCAAGCAAUGCCGCCUGGCUGGCACCGGGUACGAAGCAGGAGGACACCUGGCGGCUGGGAGACCGCCAGGCCGGCAUGUAA